AAAAUACGAGAACGUAUGAGCAACACAAACGUUGGAGAGUACAUUCCAAGUUCUCGUAAAUUUUAAAAUAAUCGUUUCAUAAUAUAACCUAUAAAAUGGCGCAAACGGAGCAACAGAAGCUGCAGCUCAUUCAAGAAUUAGAAAUCGAAAUGAUGGCCGACAUGUACAAUCGUUUAACAGCCUCGUGUCAUAAAAAGUGUAUUCCGCCAGUUUAUACUGAUGCCGAAAUAGCCAAAGGAGAAGCCGUGUGUUUAGACCGCUGUGUAGCUAAAUUUUUGGACAUUCAUGAAAGAAUUGGUAAGAAGCUGGGUCAGUUGUCAAUGCAAGAUGAAGAAUUACUGAAGAAAAAAUAGUUUAUUGUCUAGUGUUUGUAGUAAAUUUAGAAGCUUUUUUAUUUUGUAUGUUAUGAAUUACAAUUAAUAGUUUGUUUCAAUAAAAAAGAUUUUUCUUGUCAUUUA